UUGGGGCUCGAACUCAGACCCUCAGCCUUGGUGGCAAGCGCCUAUACCCGCGGAGCCAUGUCCAGUAGAUGGCGCUGCAGAGAAGGGCAGAGCCAAGCACUCCCUGACCGGGCAGGAGACUCUCGUCCAGCAGGGGGCGCAGCACGCCGGGGCUGAGGCGUUCUCGAACCGAACACGACGUCAGGGGGCGGGAACAGUUGUGGCCCCGCUCCCUACGUCAGCGGAGCCCUGUGAUUGGAGGGAGAAACGAUCUCUUGGCAGCGCCGUUGAGGUGGGAGGAAGAAGUGGGUUCCGGCCGAAGGUGAGACCGUGGCGGCCGAUGUGCCGGCUAGCCGGGCUCUGCGGCAGUCUGGCCGCUGUCCCCCCACAGCUGUCCGCGGUGGAUGGCGGCGGGAUGGAGCGCGAGGGGAGCGGCGGCGGCGGGGCGGCCGGGCUCCUGCAGCAGGUCCUCAGCCUGAAGCUCGUGCCCCGGGUGGGCAACGGGACCCUGUGCCCCAACUCCACUUCGCUCUGCUCCUUCCCAGAGAUGUGGUAUGGUGUGUUCCUGUGGGCACUGGUGUCUUCUGUCUUCUUUCAUGUCCCUGCUGGAUUACUGGCCCUCUUCACCCUCAGACACCACAAAUAUGGUAGGUUCAUGUCUGUAAGCAUCCUGUUGAUGGGCAUCGUGGGACCAAUUACUGCUGGAAUCUUGACAAGUGCGGCACUUGCCGGAGUCUACCGAGCUGCAGGAAAGGAGAUGAUGCCUUUUGAAGCCCUCACCUUGGGCACUGGACAGACAUUCUGUGUCGUGGUGAUCUCCUUCUUACGGGCUUUAGCUACUCUAUAGCAUACACCUUUAUGUUGUGAUGUCACGCCUGUUUAUAGACUUCUCCAAAGGAGUGCACAGGUUUCUUAAUUCCUCAGAUGGAAGCAGUGUGGAUGAACAGGAGCCUGAAGAAUGUCACAGCCCUUUCUUCCACUUGAAGUGCCAGCAGUUGAAGACCUCUGCGGACCCAUCACUCAACCAAAACUCCUAGCUUUCUUUUUUGUGGUUAUUUGAGACAUUUGCACACACAUCUUCACCCAAGCCAAGACCACAUGCCUCUAGGUUAGCAUUCCUCACACUAGAAUUUGCAUUGUUCUUUGAGACGAUGCAGUGUUGCCAUUUCAGAGAAACAAGAGAACAAGAGAAAAUGCUGGCUGCCUUGAAGAGAGCAGACUGCUGUGCUCAAAUCUUAAUUGCUUCCCAACUGGAAGUUAGCAGACACUUCCUCACUAAGUCUUCCUAACAGUGAAGCCACGAUGGUUUUGGUUGAGUAUAGCUCUGAGAACAAACAGCUGAGCUAGAGCAGGAAAAGGAGUCAAAGUAAAGCUGUAAAGUAGCAGCUCUGCUCCAGCGUUAGGAGUAGUAACUUCUGAGAACGUGACGUUUUUAUGGAUAACUGUCUUGACCUCUGACUAUUUAAUAUAUUUUAAGAAAUGUGAAUUUAUUGUUUCGUAUAGUUGAUCAAAAUAAGCUAGCUAAUUAAUGGCCUUUUUUUUUUUUUAAAGACAUGGGCCCUUGCUCUGUUGCCCAGGCCAGCCUUAAACUUCUGGGUCCAAGCGAGCCUCCUGCCAUUCACCCUGAGUGGCUGGGACUGUUAUGCCUAGUUGAGGCCCUUUUUCCAAAGAAUUUCUAUGGCACCUUUUCCUCUCAUUUUUAAUUCUAUUAUUGAUAUUUACUUUCAUUGGAAACACACAUUAUUAAGUAGCUUGGGAUGAAAGUUGAGGCCAGAUGACUUAGGAUACUCUUCGGACAUUCAGGCACAAAUGAAGAUACUCCAAAGAUUCUGUUUUAUUCUUUCUUAGUGACUUUGGCUUAUUAAUAACUCAGAAAAUUGUAGCAUGCAGCUGUAACUAGGGUUAGUGGUUCUUGAUCCUUGUAUUUACCUAGUGGUGGCUCCUCAGCCUACCUUUGCAGGCUUUGAGUAUCAAUGCUCAUAAAGUGCCUAAAACUUCCUUUUCAGAUCUACCCCCACGCCACCCUUUUUACUUUUAGUCAAGAGAAUUUAUAUUCUUAAAGAGAGAUAUCAAUUUUUAAACUUAAUUUUAGCUAUUUUAAAUUUUAUUCCACUGCCUAACUUUCUUUUUUCAUUAAAAGGUCUGAAAACUAUGACCUUUAAAAGGGAAAGGAUUGAAAAAGUUAAGUACCUUUUAGUCAAUUAAAAGGUUUUAUUUCAAAUCCAAUGUUCUUGCUUGUUACCUGUUAUUACCUUUUUUUCAGAGUAGCUUCUGGUAAUUAACUCUGACAUUGUUUUGUUUUUAAAACAGUCUUCCUCUAGCCCUAGCUGGUCUGGAACUUGCUAUGUAGACCAGGCUAUCCUCAAUCUCACAGAGAUCAAAUUACCUCUGCCACCAGUGCUGGGAUUAAAGGAGCGUGCCACCUCACCCAGCCCAUUAACUCUGAAAUUUUUAAAGGAGAGUUUUCAUUGUGAGAUUCAGGCUGACAAGCUAUGAAGACAUAAAUUCAUCUAAUACAAUAUGCUCUAUGGCUUCUGGUUAAAAAUAGCCAAGAGGGGUUGUCAAUAUGGAGUAGCAGAUAAAGACACUUGCCACCAAGACAGACAACCUGAGUUCAAUACCCAGGACCCACAUUGUGGAAGGAGAGAACCAACUCCUGCAAGUUGUCCUCUGACCUGUACUUGUAAGCAGACACACACACACACACACACACACACACACACACACACACAAAUGUAAUAAAAAAUUUUUAAAUAGCGCAAAGAACCAAUUUGCCCAGGAAUGUCAUAGAAAAGAAUUACAGAAGGAUUACAAAAAAAUAACUGGUCUGUUCCUUUGACUAAUUAGACCACUUGUCAAAGUUAUAGUGACAUACCAGAUUUGGAAGACAAAGUGUAGGUUAACGUCUCUUCAAAUUCCCCAGCAAGAAGCUCAAAUCUUUCUCUGAACAAUAUUUUAAAGACUUCAGUUUUCUGUCUAAUGUGCUAUUAAUUUGGAAAAUAUCCCUACAGUUUGAGAAAUUUGGAGCCUUGUAUCCUGCACUCUGGCAUAUGAUCUGGGCCAUGUGUUUUGAAAGCUCCUCUUACAAGACGUUUCACUGAAACAUUCUUUUCCGUAUAUUGUCACUAUGCACAUAGGUGAGUCGUUGGUGGGCUUUUCGAAUUUCCUAGUAAAUAGGAACUUUUGAGCAUACUCCUCUGUGACUGCAAUGUCAGGUUAUUUCAGAACUGAGACACAAAGUAGGCCUUUGAAGGGGGUUUUUGUUCCCAUCUGUUUCUUUUUUAUGUUUUAUCUGCUCUUUCAAAAAAAGACCUCAGCUGGAUGUGGUGGUGCAGGCCUUUAAUCCCAGCACUGGGGAGGCAGAGUCAGGUGGAUCUCUGUGAGUU